AUGUACUCACUUUAUAAAGAAAGGAGGCUAGCCACCAGCCGAUCUAACAAAUUAGUUUAACGAUUAUGCUGGUCAUAAGUGGAUCUAGCCAAUAACCGUCGCCCACCUUGGUUCAAAAGGUCUCACUUUUGAUUUCCGACCUGAUACCUCUCCAGUGGAUUAUCUCGCCAUCUGUAUGAUGCUCCGAUGGUCCAGAUAAGAGAAGACCAUUUGAUAAGCAAAACCUGUUUAGACAUCUGGCAGGAACAGGAAAACCUUGGGGAGAAACAAAACACCCAUUUUAGGAAGGCAUCCCUUUGAGAUGGUCUACUUAGCUCAUGAAUAGCUUACUUUCACCAGCCAUACUUAGACUCCUAUUUUCAUUAAAGUCAUCAUAUAAUUUCUUCCGAUUUAACAAGGAAUUAGCAGUUAGAUUAGAAGAUAAUCUGAAAAAGCGUCAAAAACAAAAAAGGAUGCAUUUAAGCCAAGUAUCAGACAGUCGAGUAAAUGAAUGGGUCCAAAAUCAGGUGAAACCUCCAUUAAGUCAGGUUUUAAAAGAAGGCACAAUAGCUCUGCUAAACCCAGCACUACACAAAUUUCGAGACGAAGAGCCUUUACCGAAUGUAUAUGUGAGAAAGUAACUACUAUACAGCUAUAAAGAAGAAAAAAAACGCGUAUUGGAAUCAAUCAUAGAGCACAAAGAACACUUUUUAGCCAACGAACUCUACCCAAAAUGCUCCCCCAACAGAAGCAAUGACUGAUUAAGAGAAACCAGCGAAAAAGCUAUCCUUGGCAGCAGAAUUAUCAAGUAUGUUUUACAUAGGAAUAUUAAUCAUGAGCCUUACAAAGAAGAUUGCUAUAGUCUUGAGCCUAUAAACGCUUUUGCUCUACUAUCUCCUAGCUGAAGGACCGUUAACAAGCGGAUUUGGACUGGAAAAGUAUAGCAUAAAUAGACUGACUUUGCGAGAUUUGCAAAGAGGUUUCAAUCAAAUGAAGCACCUUGGCCUUCUAUAAGGAACCACUCUGAAGAUAAGUACAUUGAAGGAUAUGAAGUGCUGGGAGACAUCACAAGGAAAAGAGACAAGUCAAAAGAGCCUGCAGAGCCGUUCCUUCCGACUGACGUAAAAGAUACGUGAAAUAAAACUUUUUAUCCCCAAACUUCUCUGCGGAAUUUUAACUCAACUCAGAGGUUUUCUUCAGCUUUCCCAGAAAACUCAAUAACCAAUGCCAAAGUGAAGCUUUACCCGAAUUCUGCGAGCGACUCGAUUAAUCAGAGCUUUAGAAAGUCGAGAGAGAGCUCCAAAUCUUCAAGAUUGAUUAGGCAUAAGCUUAAUAUAAGCUAA